CUUGGGUUGCCGGGGUGGGGAGGCGUGGGCACGUGUUGAAAGGGGCCCUGAGCGGGCCAGCUCCUCAGCCAUAGCAGCACAGACAGGCCCUGGGGAGGAGGCCUGGGGGCUCCUCUCCAUCAGCCUCCUGUGAUCCGGGAUUCUUCCUCCAAGCUGACUUCCAGCUCUCGCCUCCCUAGCUUUUGUGUGCCGGGAGGCUGUGGGCUUCACCUGGCUGGAAGUGGCAAAGGCCCUGUUCCAGGUCCAACCCAAAGCCACUUUCCCAAGGACCCCAGCAGGCCGGAGGGGAGGCUUGUGAGGAGGCAGAGAGGGCUGGGGGGACUCCCUGGAGCUUACCCUGGGCCAGGCUCUGGGCUGGGAGCUUGUGCCCAGGCUGAAUGAGGUGAAAAGCAGCGCCGAGGGCGGGGUCGUGGUCUCCCAUUUCUCAGAGAGGGAGACUGAGGCUCGGAAAGGCUCGUCAUGGCUGAUAACCACUUGCGCUACCCACGAGGGGCUCCGGGUGUUUCCCCAGGAGGACGGGCCCUGGCCACACACUCCCAGGAGGUUCUUGCAUGAAUCCAGGCCCCUUUCAGACUCCGUGUGGGUCUUUAUCUUGAGGGUUGGGAAGUGACGUGAAAGUGUCUCCUAAAAGGUCCUGGAUUCUGGCAGGACAGUGAGGGUCAUCCCUCCUCAGGGGAGGCCCCAGGGUGCCUGGAAGGACGCUGGGCUUGGCUCUGUUCUGGAGGAGCUGGUCUGAGGCUCUGAGCCAUGGGUAUUGGUGGCUUGGGGAGGGAGCUGUGUGGAGGAGGGAGCAGCAGAGACCCAGGUAGUAGUAUCAUGUGCUGAGCCUCAGAGGGCCCGACACACCUGUGUGUUCACACUCAGGAAUGUGUGUGUGCAGCCGUCUGACUACACCUGGGCACACGUGACUGCACACACCUGAGUGCAUGUGAGGUCAUGCGCCAGUGGUUUGCACCCAUUUUUGUGCACAUCUGUGUGCAUAUGUGGGACGCGUGUGAAUGUCUUUCUGCACAUGUCUGCUUUUGUGUGUGUGUCUUUGGGGCACAGGCCUAUGUAGGUUGGGGUGUGUGUAUAGGGACAGUUCCCUGCUCUAAGGGGGGAGGGGAGGCCAGUUAUAAUGAGCCCCCCUCCCCUCCACAGCGCCGCAGCCAUGGCCUGAAUUUUGCAGCCUGCUUAAAAAUAAUUGGGGGCAGCGGGGGGAUUGGAUGUCAGUCAUCAUCAGCCGCUGGCUUCGCUGGUGCUGCGGCAGGCUGGGCAGGCUGAACAGUUUGGGCCAGGCAUGAUAUGGGGUGAGGAGGGCCAGGGAUCCUGUCCCUUUUUCACCUCUGAGGAGGGGGCUCAGGGGAUGCACAACACAGCCUGCUCUGGCUCCUGCUGAAUAAUUGCAAGUCUUUGGAGGAGGGUGGGGCCACUGAAUGGUGACUGGGCCUGCCUGGAGCUUUACCUGUCUCAUCAUCAUCUGCUCACCGCAUGGGUGGCUGGGGAGGUCCAGGGACUCGCCUGCACCUGGGGCUUGGGCCUGGCUCCCCGGUGCAGCGUGUGGGAAUGUGGGCUUGGGGGCUGGGGAGCUCUGUGGGUGCCGCGCAGGAGUUGGGAUGCUGGGGUUCCCAUUCCUCUCCUCCCUCCUCUCACUGUUUAGACUCCUGAACAGCCAAGGGGAAAUCUGUCCCCCGGGAGCAGCUGUGUCUUGGGAGAAUCUAGCCACACCUGUGAAUUCUCCUGUGUUUGUGAUUCCGCUCCCAGAACUAGUAGCUUGCCCAUCUGGCCUGCAUCUUGAGUGAUUAGCACAGGGAGGGAGCAGGAGGCUCUGGAUGGAGGAGAGAGAAGCCCUGACCUGGUGGGCGAGGGGGCACUCAGGCUGGGUCCCUCUCCUGUGAUCUUGAGCCGGUCUUUGAGCAGCUAGGAGUGCUGCGAGCUGUGCCUCCGGGGGACAACGAGGCUGUGUGGGUCCCUUCAAGCGCGGGGCCGUGGGCCAGACUCUGUUUUCUGGGUGGGUGGAGUGGAGGUGGGGUGCUGUGGGCAGUGGCUCUGCCCUGACCUGAUGGUGGGAGAGCACCUGCAGCUUUGCCCUCCCCGCCCCCUGCACUUGCCCCUGGGUGCCCUCCCCACCCACUGCGCUUGCCCCUGGGUGCCCUCCCACACCUGGAGGGAAGGCAGAAGUCACCCUUAGGAGCCGGAAGACACCCUGGUGAGGCGAGCCCUGGGGAAAGGGUCGAGGUCACAGCAGGCUGGUGGCUUUCCCUGGAGUGGUGGGCCCUGAGCCAGGCCUCCGAGCGUAAUGCCAUGGAGGGGAAGAGGGGAAUUAUUGUGCCCGUUUUGCAGGGGGGGAAGUUGGCAGCUCGUUGCACUGGGGCUCAAGUCCAGCGCCUCUCCCUCUUGUUCCAGCUGGGAGCAGCCAUGAUAAAUAUGACAUUGACACUGGCAGUGCUCUGCUGUGGGCAGGCUCAGGGUGUGCUCUGUCUCUGGCACACAGGCUGUGACUCCACCCCUUUCUCGCCCACCCGGUGAAGUGAGCGAGCACGACAUUGUUCUGGGAAUAACCUUGAAUUGCUCUGAUGUAUAAAAACGCCGAUCACUGUCGUCGGACAUCACGGCUUUGACAGUCACCAGUGGAUUCCGCGUGCCCCGCCCCGCGGCUGAUCACGACACCCUGGGGCGGGAGCAGCGCUUGUGGCGAAUGAGGCUGGAUCUGAGUGUGAGGCUGUGGUGACACUGAAGGUUCCUGUGGGCCUCGCAGGUGCCGGGUACCCUCCUGAGCCCACUCCCUCGCCUAAGCUCAUGCCACCCUCCCAGGCCACCUGCCAGUGAGGUACUGUCGCGGCUCCAUUUUAUGGAGCAACAGACUGAGGCCCGGAGCGGUCGAGUCCCUUGUCUGCGAUCUCACAGGUGGACAGAAAAGAGCGUGCUCUUAGCCCUGAGGCCCACUCCCUGCAGCUGGCAGCAGGAGGUUCCCACUGCCCAGGCUGGCUGUGACCCCUGUCUCUCUCCACAGGGCAAGGGACAUAGGAUGACCCCAGCCUGUCCCCUCUUACUGUCUGUGAUUCUGUCCCUGCGCCUGGCCGCCGCCUUCGACCCUGCCCCCAGUGCCUGCUCCGCCCUGGCCUCGGGUGUGCUCUACGGGGCCUUCUCGCUGCAGGACCUCUUUCCCACCAUCGCCUCGGGCUGCUCCUGGACCCUGGAGAACCCUGACCCCACCAAGUACUCCCUCUACCUGCGCUUCAACCGCCAGGAGCAGGUGUGCACCCACUUCGCCCCCCGCCUGCUGCCGCUGGACCACUACCUGGUCAACUUCACCUGCCUGCGGCCCAGCUCCGAGCAGGUGGGGGCCCAGGAGGGGCCGGAGGCAGUGGCAGCGGCUGAGGAGGCGGCGGCAGCCGAGGAGGCAGCGGCUGCGGGGUUGGAACUGUGCGGCGGCUCGGGCCCCUUUACCUUCCUGCACUUCGACAAGAACUUCGUGCAGCUGUGCCUGUCGGCCGAGCCCUCCGAGGCCCCGCGCCUGCUGGCACCCGCCGCCCUGGCCUUCCGCUUCGUGGAGGUGUUGCUCAUCAACAACAACAACUCCAGCCAGUUCACCUGCGGCGUGCUCUGCCGCUGGAGCGAGGAGUGUGGCCGCGCGGCCGGCCGGGCCUGCGGCUUUGCCCAGCCAGGCUGCAGCUGCCCUGGGGAGGCAGGGGCCGGCUCCACCACCACCACCACCACCGCUACCGCCACCACGCCUCCGGGUCCUCCUGCUGCCCACACCCUGUCCAAUGCCCUGGUGCCCGGGGGCCCAGCCCCGCCUGCUGAAGCCGAUUUGCACUCGGGGAGCAGCAAUGACCUGUUCACCACCGAGAUGAGAUACGGUGAGGAGCCGGAAGAGGAACCGAAGGUGAAAACCCAGUGGCCAAGGUCUGCAGAUGAGCCUGGGCUAUACAUGGCGCAGACAGGCGACCCGGCGGCUGAGGAGUGGUCCCCGUGGAGCGUGUGUUCCCUGACGUGUGGGCAGGGUCUGCAGGUGCGGACCCGCUCCUGCGUGUCCUCCCCCUAUGGGACCCUGUGCAGCGGGCCCCUGCGGGAGACCCGGCCCUGCAACAAUUCCGCCACCUGCCCAGUGCACGGCGUGUGGGAGGAGUGGGGGUCCUGGAGCCUGUGCUCCCGCAGCUGCGGGCGGGGGUCCCGGAGCCGGAUGCGGACGUGCGUGCCCCCCCAGCACGGCGGCAAGGCCUGCGAGGGUCCCGAGCUGCAGACUAAGCUCUGCAGUAUGGCCGCCUGCCCGGUGGAAGGCCAGUGGCUAGAGUGGGGUCCCUGGGGCCCGUGUUCCACGUCCUGUGCCAACGGGACCCAGCAGCGCAGCCGGAAGUGCAGCGUAGCGGGCCCAGCCUGGGCCACCUGCACGGGUGCCCUCACUGACACCCGGGAGUGCAGCAACCUUGAGUGCCCGGCUGCUGACGGCAAGUGGGGGCCGUGGAACGCGUGGAGCCUGUGCUCCAAGACAUGUGACACAGGGUGGCAGCGCCGCUUCCGCAUGUGCCAGGCCACGGGCGCGCAGGGCUACCCCUGCGAGGGCACCGGCGAAGAAGUGAAGCCCUGCAGUGAGAAGAGGUGUCCAGCCUUCCACGAGAUGUGCAGGGACGAGUACGUGAUGCUGAUGACGUGGAAGAAGGCAGCCGCUGGCGAGAUCAUCUACAACAAGUGCCCGCCCAAUGCCUCUGGGUCUGCCAGCCGCCGCUGUCUGCUCAGUGCCCAGGGGGUGGCCUACUGGGGACUGCCCAGCUUUGCCCGCUGCAUCUCCCACGAGUAUCGCUACCUGUAUCUGUCCCUCCGGGAGCACCUGGCCAAGGGGCAGCGCAUGCUGGCGGGCGAGGGCAUGUCGCAGGUGGUGCGCAGUCUGCAGGAGCUGCUGGCCCGGCGCACCUACUACAGCGGGGACCUGCUCUUCUCUGUGGAUAUCCUGAGGAAUGUCACUGACACCUUCAAGAGGGCCACCUAUGUGCCCUCAGCUGACGACGUGCAGCGCUUCUUCCAGGUGGUGAGCUUCAUGGUGGAUGCAGAGAAUAAGGACAAGUGGGACGAUGCCCAGCAGGUGUCCCCUGGCUCUGUGCACCUGCUCCGCGUCGUGGAAGACUUCAUCCAUCUGGUGGGCGAUGCUCUCAAGGCCUUCCAGAGCUCUCUGAUUGUCACAGACAAUCUGGUCAUCAGCAUUCAGCGCGAGCCCAUCUCUGCCGUGUCCAGCGACAUCACCUUUCCCAUGCGGGGCCGCCGGGGCAUGAAGGACUGGGUGCGGCACUCCGAGGACCGCCUCUUCCUGCCCAAGGAGGUGCUCAGCCUCUCCUCCCCGGGGAAGCCUGCCACCUCGGGGGCAGCAGGCAGCCCUGGCAGGGGGAGGGGCCCAGGCACGGUGCCCCCCGGCCCAGGCCACUCCCACCAGCGCCUCCUCCCGGCUGACCCUGAUGAGUCCUCCUACUUUGUGAUCGGUGCUGUGCUGUACCGCACCAUCGGCCUCAUCCUGCCGCCUCCCAGGCCCCCGCUGGCUGUCACGUCCCGAGUGAUGACAGUGACUGUGCGGCCCCCCACCCAGCCUCCAGCGGAGCCCCUCAUCACAGUGGAGCUCUCCUACAUCAUCAACGGCACCACAGAUCCUCACUGCGCCAGCUGGGACUACUCCAGAGCAGAUGCCAGCUCCGGGGACUGGGACACCGAGAGCUGCCAGACUCUGGAGACCCAGGCAGCCCACACCCGCUGCCAGUGCCAGCACCUGUCCACCUUUGCUGUGCUGGCCCAGCCGCCCAAGGACCUGACCCUGGAGCUGGCAGGCUCCCCCUCCGUGCCCCUGGUGAUUGGCUGUGCCGUGUCCUGCAUGGCCCUGCUCACUCUGCUGGCCAUCUAUGCCGCCUUCUGGAGGUUCAUAAAAUCUGAACGCUCCAUCAUCUUGCUGAACUUCUGUCUGUCCAUCCUGGCAUCCAACAUCCUGAUCCUCGUGGGCCAGUCCAGGGUGCUGAGCAAGGGCGUCUGCACUAUGACGGCUGCUUUCCUGCACUUCUUCUUUCUCUCCUCGUUUUGCUGGGUGCUCACUGAGGCCUGGCAGUCCUACCUGGCUGUCAUCGGGCGCAUGCGCACCCGCCUGGUUCGCAAGCGCUUCCUCUGCCUGGGCUGGGGUCUGCCUGCCCUGGUGGUGGCUGUGUCCGUCGGCUUUACCCGCACCAAAGGAUACGGUACAUCCAGCUACUGCUGGCUCUCCCUGGAGGGCGGCCUGCUCUAUGCCUUUGUGGGCCCUGCGGCCGUCAUUGUCCUGGUGAACAUGCUCAUCGGAAUCAUCGUUUUCAACAAGCUCAUGGCGCGUGACGGCAUCUCGGACAAAUCCAAGAAGCAGAGGGCCGGGUCGGAGCGGUGCCCCUGGGCCAGCCUGCUCCUCCCCUGCUCAGCGUGCGGAGCGGUCCCCAGCCCCCUGCUCAGCUCAGCCUCGGCCAGGAACGCCAUGGCCUCACUCUGGAGCUCCUGCGUGGUGCUGCCCCUGCUGGCGCUCACCUGGAUGUCCGCCGUCCUGGCCAUGACAGACCGCCGCUCCGUCCUCUUCCAGGCCCUCUUUGCUGUCUUCAACUCCGCGCAGGGCUUCGUCAUCACCGCCGUGCACUGCUUCCUGCGCCGGGAGGUCCAGGAUGUGGUGAAGUGCCAGAUGGGCGUGUGCCGGGCCGACGAGAGUGAGGAUUCCCCUGACUCCUGUAAGAAUGGGCAGCUGCAGAUCCUGUCAGACUUUGAAAAGGAUGUGGAUCUGGCUUGUCAAACAGUUCUGUUCAAGGAGGUCAACACUUGCAACCCGUCCACCAUCACCGGCACGCUGUCCCGCCUGUCCCUGGACGAAGAUGAGGAGCCCAAGUCCUGCCUCGUGGGGCCCGAGGGUGGCCUCAGCUUCUCACCACUGCCAGGGAACAUCCUGGUGCCCAUGGCGGCCUCGCCGGGGCUGGGGGAGCCGCCCCCGCCGCAGGAGACCAACCCUGUGUACAUGUGCGGGGAGGGUGGCCUGCGGCAGCUGGACCUUACAUGGCUGCGGCCCACCGAGCCGGGAGCCGAGGGGGACUACAUGGUGCUGCCGCGGCGGACUCUCAGCCUGCAGCCGGGGGGCGGCGGCGGCGGAGGCGGCGAGGAAGCCCCCAGAGCCCGGCCUGAGGGGACCCCCCGGCGGGCUGCCAAGGCGAUGGCCCACACCGAAGGCUACCCCAGCUUCCUGUCUGUGGACCACUCAGGCCUGGGGCUGGGCCCUGCCUAUGGGUCUCUCCAGAACCCCUAUGGGAUGAGCUUCCAGCCACCACCGACGCCCAGCGCCCGCCAAGUGCCCGAGCCAGGGGAGCGCAGCCGGACCAUGCCCCGCACCGUGCCCGGCUCCACCAUGAAGCUGGGCUCCCUGGAGCGAAAGAAGCUACGGUAUUCAGACCUGGACUUUGAGAAGGUGAUGCACACCCGGAAACGGCACUCAGAACUCUACCACGAGCUCAACCAGAAGUUCCACACUUUUGAUCGCUACCGCAGCCAGUCCGCGGCCAAGGAGAAACCCAGCCCCGGGGAGCGCCCCGGCCUGGCCCAACAGCGGCGACAUCAGAGCUGGAGCACUUUCAAAUCCAUGACACUGGGCUCACUGCCCCCCAAGCCCCGAGAGCGGCUGGGCCUGCACCGGGCGGCAGCCUGGGAGCCCACAGAACCACCAGACGGCGACUUCCAGACAGAGGUGUGAGUGCCGCGCUGGACUGCCCACUGCGUAUAAAUAUAUAUAUCUCUCUAUUUUCACACUCCACUUUGGAACUGCCCAGGAGCCAGCACCCCCUCCCCUCUCCCGGGGGCUGGGCAGGGAGGUGCAGAGGACUCAGCUGGGCUGGAGGGGCCAGAUGUGGCAGGGCCGGGCAGAGGGGAGGGAGGCCAGGACCCCUCCUUGUUUCUCAAAGCCCCCUCUGCCGCUGGAGCCUGUCUUCUCCUUGGCCUGUCUGUCCCUGUCCCGGGCUGGGGAGGGGGGAGGGGUACUUUGUGGGGAAUAAACUUCACUCUGUGGA